CCAAAAUAGUUACUGUCUGUCCCUUUAUAGAAAAGUUUGUUGACCUCUAAUUUAAUUAAUUUUAUUUUCACAACAUUCCAAUAAGGUGAGUCCUGUUAUUAUCCCCACUUUAAGUUAAGUAACUUUUCCUUGAUGGCAUUCACUGUGUUUUACAACAGAUUGUGGGCUCUUUCUACAAACUUGCUAACACUGUGUUUCUUUGCAGUGUAAAAAGUGGAUAGUGGCUCACAUGUCAAAAGAUGGAACGGUCUCGAUCUAGAUCCCCCAGGUGGAAACAGAGGUCUUUAUCACCAGUACCUAGAAAUUCUGACCACUACAAGCAAAGACAAUUUUAUGGGCAGUAUGGCUAUGAAUAUAGGAAGGAUCCCAAAAGACCCGUCACUUGGAGAAUGGACAAUGAGAAAUAUGGACAGAGUAAACCAAGAAUUCAUUCUCGUGAAAAUAUAUAUUGCCGGUCUUAUGACUAUAGAUCACCUUCCCCAAACAUAAGAAGAAACUCUUCAGAAAAUUCUUAUAGGCUCCACCAAGUAUAUUCACCAGGAAGAGAGAAUGUUAACAGAAGAUCUCAGUAUAUGCCGAAAUACUCAGAAGGUAUACCGUACAAUGAGCAUGAUGAGAGGAAUUGUUAUCCCCAGAAAGUGCAAGGAAGAUAUUUUCCUGAUGACUACAGGGUUAGAGGAAGUGGAAGAGGAGGGAAACCACCUCAGAGGCCAGUAGAAGAUUCUUUUAGAUUCGAAGAAAAGUGGCAUGAAGAUGAAUUUAGGCACCAGUGGAUACAAGAGGAAAAGUACCCUCCAUUACCUAGAAGAGGCUCUGAAGACUUUGAGAUGAGGAGCUCUUUUCAGAAGAGGUAUCCUGAGGAUCGUGAUUUCAGAAAAUAUCACUGCAUAUCAAAAAGACCUAAAGACAUGGAGAGGUAUGAAAACAGAGAGCCUGCUGGGCACCCAAAGUGGAAGCCCAAGCCUUCUCUUCCACCUUAUCAAGAAAAGAAAGAUCAGAGGAACUUCGGACCCCAAACUCAUCGACAUAAUGAAAGGGAACACUCAGAGGCCAGUUCAGUAACCAAGAUAUCCUAUGACUAUCGCCACAAACAUCGUAAGCCCUCAGAUGAGGACCAGGACUUUACUGAUGGAGGAACUCAGAGGUACUCUGAGGAAGAAGAUAGAAAAUACAGUUCUCAAAAAGGGUCUGUAGACAGAAAGCCAUAUUGUUUUAAUGCUAGAAGAGGAAGAGGAACUAAAGAUGGACUAGUCAGAGAACCUUUUAAACAAACUAAGAAAGACUGCAUUGCCAGUACUCAUUCAAAUAAAAGUGAUGUUGAUUGGAGGCCCUCUAAUGACAAAUGGAAGGAAAAGAUAAAGAUAGAAGAGGAUUUCAGAAAAGAGAGCAACCCUUCCAGUAGCCAACUUGAUAAAAGUAAAAAACUUUCAGAUGCAAAACCCUCAUCUUUCAGUGGUAGGAAGAAACUACUUACAAUCAAAGUAGAUAUGAAGAAAUCAGUAGAUACAUUCAGGGUUGCUUCUAGCUAUUCCACAGAGAGACAGAUGUCACAUGAUUUGGUUGCUGUUGGCAGGAAAAGUGAGAACUUUCAUCCAGUGUUUGAACAUCUUGACUCAACUCAGGAUAUUGAAAACAAACCUACAGGAGAAUUUACUCAGGAAAUUAUAACAAUAAUCCAUCAAGUUAAAGAAAACUGUUUUUCAUCACCUGGCAUUACUCUACAUGAGCGUUUCUCAGAAUUGCAAGCUACACAAAAUGCAGGUGUAGAUGAAAUUAAAUUGAAUUCAGAUCCUGAAAUUCACAGGAGAAUAGAUAUGUCUUUGGCUGAACUUCAGAGUAAACAAACUGUUGGUUAUGAAUCAGAACAGAGUCUGGUCAAAAUAAUAGAUCCAAAUGACCUACGACAUGACAUUGAAAGAAGGAGAAAAGAACGGUUACAGAAAGAAGAUGGGCACGUUUUUCACAUAGCUAGUGCUACAGAGAGGAAUGAGCAGCGUUCCAGUUUUUCAAAGUUGAAGAAUACUCAUACUGAUGGAUUGAAAAAAUCUGUGUAUUUUACAAAAUCAAACUUCAGAAGAUUUAUUCAGAAACCUAACAGGACCAACUUUAGAGGUGGCAGAUUCCAACCACAUUAUAAAUCAGGCCUAGUACAGAAGAGCUUGUACAUUCAGGCUAAAUAUCAGCGUUUACGAUUUGCUGGUCCAAGGGGAUUUAUCACUAAUAAAUUCAGAGAAAAAUUACUGAGGAAAAAAAAGGCUGUGCCAGGGUGCUACUUCUCUUCCCUGCCUUGUGUGGGGUAUAAAAACAUUGCCACAGAAAUCUAAUCUGGAAUUGUUACAAAGGAGGCGACACUACAGGAGGAUAUUUGGGAGCAUCUCUUUGUCAGGAAUUAGAAUUGGCACUAAGGCACUAAUACUGUAACUUUCUUGAUUAAAACAGUGGAAUGCUGCAACUUUUUUACAUUUAAAUGUUGCUUUUAAAUUACAGUAUUGAAUUUAAAAGUUGUAUUAAAUAGUUGUUUUUGCAAACGAUCUCAACCACUUGAAGGGCAUUAUUUGUUGAUGCAUUUUUCUCUGAGCAUGGUUUCCUAGAGAGAACUUAAUGCGUUAUAUCCAAACGUUUAUAUGUUGAAAGUUUUGCUUAUGUAAUAAAAACAAAAACAAAAGUGUCGGAAUUGUAUAAUGUAUGUACGUGAAAGAACUUUAAACAGUGGCCUUACAGUAGCAGAUUUUAUACCAAGUUUUUCUUUUUCUGAUGACAUUUUGGCUUAUAACUUAAAGUUUUGUUAAGUUUGUUAAGAUUAAGGCCUAUAUAAUUCAUACAUUUCAUAUUAACAUGUAAGAAGGCUAGAGAAAAGGUGCUUCAAAUUUUCCAUCAGGUAGUUGUGAGUGCACUGAAUUUUUAGUAAUAAGUUCGUUCAGUUUUUUCCACAACUAUUUGCUGUUUUCAAAUUUCAAAAUGCUACUGUGGAAAAUAUAUAAAGAUUUUGUAAUCUAUAUUCCAUCUUAUUUUUCCCUCAGGGUAAGCUUGUGCAUAUCAUAUUUUUAAAGGCUUUUUUAAAAUCUGAUAGACAAAAUCUCAUAUUUGAAAAUUGUACUUUACUACUACAGCAUUACACAUUUUGCAAGCACAUCUUAUAAAGUGUUUAUUUUCAGUUCAGUUGAUAUGUAUUGAGUACCUACUAUGUGUAAGACAAAAUUGAGGGGGUUUUAAAGGAGAUUUUAGGUCCCAAUAUCUUAUUUCUUUAUGUUUCCAGUGUUCUGCUUAGCAGUACAUAUACAUUCCCAGUUAAAUUUUUGUGAAAUGUUUAUUUCUAAUAAAAUAAAAUAUUGUUGCUGUUUUUGCUUGAGAAGUACUUGCCAGUUUGUGAGAACAUUAUUUUAAUUUUAUAUGAGACUUACAGCCUUGGGUGUACAACCUGUUGAUGUUUAAAGUACUGUUAUGCACUUAGAAAGGCAGCUUUCUAAGUCGAAAUAAGAAGAUAGGUAAGAACUUGGUUUUGCAUGACUGGAUUAUGAAAACUCUUACUACAGACAUUUAAUUUUUACAUAUCUUUAAAAGAUGGGGCAGCUGUUUCCUUAAGUGGGUCAGUGAUAGUGUGGGGGGAAGGCCUGAGAGUUACUUGAUUCAUUGCUAAUCGAGUAAUGGAUUUAGGUAUUUUGGCUUCUUAUGCAGCGUACCAUUUCUAUAGGUCAGGUUUUCCAUUUAACGUUCCACUUGUAGUAAAACGGAAAUGCAUGCACAUAGUAGUUUGACAAUUUCAUAUUGUGUUAGGUACUUAUGAAAUCUCUCCGAAUAAUUUAUUUCAUCCCCAUAUUCUGGGGGACAGUUACUAGCCUUGACUGUUUAAUCAUAUGGUUAACAAGUAUUUAUUGCACACAUAUUGUGCUAAGAUUAUGGCAGUGAACAAGAGAACAAGACACGUGGACUUUGCCUUUAUGGUAUAGGCAGUCUAAUAGGGAAAACAGACAAUAAACAGAAAUAUAACUCAGUAAACAGCAGUGAUUCUAUUGCUCUGUUUUUAUUUAUUGUAGUACUUAAGGGUAAGAUGGUUGAUUCAAUAUUAAUUAUUCCACAACUGGUUUUCUAGUUAGGCAUAUUUGGAUGGACUUUUGGCAUUAUCUCAAAAUGCAUAGCAUGUUAUUUGCAAAGUACCUAUUGGUAGCAUGGGUAUAUUCAGAAAACAUUGACUGUAUAAGAUCUAAAGCCUAAAAGGAAAGACCUGCUUUGUAAUUUGGAAUGUAAAAUAAUGACAGGGACCAUGUCUAUCUUGUUCACCAUAACAUCCCCAGCAUCCACUGUCAUACUUGAACUCAGUAAAUAUUAGUUGGAUGAAUGGGCAAUGAGUAGAAUAUGUUUAUUAGGAACAAAUACCUAAUUUUCACGUGGAGGUUGAACAAAAUGUUAACUAUAACAUUUUUUAUUGACUGGAAAAGAAAUUGAAUUCUCUAAUGCAUAAGACUUUGUUAUUGAUGUUAGUUGCUGUCCACUUGGCUCCGACUCAUGGCAACCUUAAGUGAAACAAAACGUUUCUCGGUCCUGCACCAUCUUCAUAAUCGUUGGUAUUUGUGAGUCCGUUGCAUAAGACUUUAGAAGUGUUUGUUUUGGGGGUUUUUUCUUUUUCCUUUCGGUCAGUCUCAUACACCUUUGCCUCCCCUUCUGCCUCCCCUGUGUGCUAGUCCCUGCGUUGAUACUGGGAAAAUAAGACACAGUCCCUGCUGCGAGGGAUCUCAAACUAUUGGGGAAGAGAUGCACAAAACAAAUAACUGCAAUAUAGAGUGCUAAGUACUAAAACGGAAAUAUGCACAAAAGGUUGAGAGAAAAAUCGGCAUUAUUGGUUGAGCAUCCCAUGGGUGCGUUUCUUUCCUGUUGGUUUCACAAAUCUCAGAAGGCACUAUUCUGUUGGUGGUUUUGCAGUUUUGAAAAUUGAUGGGUUGGGGGAAACUGGGUAAAGUGUACACGGGAUCUCUCUGUAUUCUUAAAACUGCAUGUCAAUCUACAGUUAAUCUCAAUAAAAAUUUCAAUUAAAAAUCUUAUCACAGAGAAAACUACUGUAAGUAUUUUGGAGGAUACAAUUUUUUUUCUGUUGGAAAAAACUAUUAUGUUUACAUUUCAUUUGUAACCAACUUUUUUCAGUUGUCCACUUAAAUGAUGCUUCUGUAACAAUUCAUGUGAGUGCAUAAUGUGUGCCACAUUUUAUCCAAUAAAUCCCACAUUUCUGAAUAGUUUUAAAGAUGGGGAUACUUCCAGGAAGAAGCCGGAAAAAUAAUGCUGGAUGAGAAACUAUUCUCUAUUACCUAGCAAACUUGACAACCACCAGCCACAAAUUCAGCAGCAACCAAACAAAGAGGGGAAAAGAUUCUAAUGCAACAAGGUGUGGCGUGACUUCAAACCCUCCCUCAUCCCCCAUAAGCAGCCUGAGUAAAGGAACUGAGUUGACAAAAUCUUGGUAAUUGUCACUAAUGGGCCCCACUAUGGACAAAGGGACUGGGGGUGACUAGGUCAUGUGGAAAAGUGCCAAGGGAAACCCUUGGGAAGACAAGUCUGCUACUGUCUUGGACCUAGGCAAAAGGGGAGAUAACCAGGAUUGCAUUUCUAACGCCCAGAACUUCCCUGGAAUGCCAAAGCUCAGUGGGACACAUCUUCGUCUGGUCAGUGAGCCCUGGUUCUGGACAUCUAAUGGGAACUCAGAGCAGAUACCAGAUUUACCAACAAGGUUUCAGUAAAAGGAAUGGUUAUGAGCUCUGGGUCCAUUAAAAUAUAGAACUAAUAUUUUAAAAACGGGGGAAUCAUACUUGUUGGAUAGAAUG